AGAGUGGUAAAAUAGUCCAGGGCUCGAAGCAUGGCAGAUAAAUAUCAGAGGCAAGGCAAAAAGAGAUGAGACCAAGUCCAUCUUAUCCCAGACUGAGAUGAGACCAAGUCCAUCUUAUCCCAGACAGAGACAAGACCGAGUCAACCUUACCCCAGACCGAGACAAGACUAAGAUGAGGCCGAGUCCACCUUACCCCGAUACCGAGUCCACCUUACCCCGAGACUAAGACAAUUUUCGGAUGUCAUGAUGAGAAUGGACCUCCACAAAGUCCUCUGCACACUCUGCCAUCUUUGAAAAUAGAUGUCUGAGAGAGGACUGCGGUGCUCUGAGCGCAGCUCAUGAACUUGAAUGCACUGGUCAGCAUGAAGUGCGGCAGAAAAUAUAAAGGAAAAGACAAAAACCUCUCCAAUCUCUCCAAUGUUUCCAGCUCGGAGGACUCUCUGAUCACGAGUUCUUCAUUGUUGAUCAUGACCACCGUCCUUCUCAUCCUGUUACUUACUUGCUGUGCUGGCUCUCUCUCUGCACAGUCUAGGAUCUACAUAUCUGUUAAAGCUGGUUCCUCUGCUGUUCUUCCAUGUGAUUGGAGGAAUAAAACACAGUCGUCUGGUGAAAGACCCCACAUUGAGUGGCGCACUCCUUCCGAAACUGUGUUUGAGCGACAGGGUGGGGAUCAGUAUGAGGGUGAGGGGUACGAACAUCGUGUGGACGUUCCUGAAGAUAAGCUGCUCGGUGGGGAUUGUUCCCUGGUGCUGAAGGAUGUCAGACUAAAUGAUUCAGGUCCAUAUGAGAGCUACCUGCUGGAGAGACAAAUGAGGAGGUCCCUCCGCUCUAAACAGGUUUUCAUCCAGGCUGUGGAGCUCUCAGUGGAGGACGCACCUGAGGAAGCUGCAGCAGCAGAAUCAGUGGAGGUGUUUUCACUUUUAAAGCAGUCUGCAUCAAGUAGUGCACAAGUGGUCUGUUCUCUCUCUCCGAUCAUCAUGUUCAUAAUCCUUCUAAACAUACUCUUCUAAAUUAUCUGAGGAUAAAGGUUGUUGCUGCAGUCCAUUCCCGGCGUUAUGGACACCGCCCGAGUUCCUGACCCCGUGGCUGCUACCCGUGGCACACCUGUUCCCGUGGCCACUACCCGCGGCACCCCCUGCCUCCAGUGACAUCGCUUCAGGCCCGCCUGCCUCCGAGGACAUCGCAACCCCUUUGUUCUCGCACAUCCUGCCCUUGCCUCUUUCUGUUGCUCCCUGUAGGCCUCCUGUUCCGUCUGUGUCUGUUGCUCCCUGUGGAACUCCUGUUCCGUCUGUGUCUGUUGCUCCCUGUGGAACUCCUGUUCCAUCUGUGUCUGUUGCUCCCUGUGGAACUCCUGUUCCAUCUGUGUCUGUUGCUCCCUGUGGGCCUCCUGUUCCAUCUGUGUCUGUUUCUGGUGUUGUUUUGUUCCCUACUGUUGUGACUGUGCCCAUUCCUGUUGUGGCUCUUGUUCCUGUCUCUCCUUCUGUGUCUGUGUGUCCAUUUCUGUGCCUGUGUCUGUUUUGGUUCCUGUUUACUUUUGCAUGCUCUGUGUUCCGUUCUUGUUUUCCUCAUCAUGUUGUGCCUUCUGUCGUCCCUCGUUCGGUGUCAUUUUCUGUUGUUCCUUCCCUGUCCUCCCUCUUGGCCUUUGUUUCUUAGAAAAAUAAAUGGAGCUCAUUAUGCUGGUAGUGAACUACGCUGCCUGACUCAGCCACCUAAAAACCAUAGAAACACACCGUAAACAGAAGUUAGGAUCCUGCUGGGGUUCAUCCUAAAGUUAGGACAGGAUGUAGGAGGAUUAGUCUAGAUAGGAUGUUUGUGUGAUGCUGUUUUCUAAUCAAGAGUUAAUGAUGAGAUUAUGAAAUUAGGAACUAAAUAGAUACUGUACUAAACAUAGCCCUAACUGAAGUCGUCCUGGAGACUAAACAGAUAGAUACAGAGGACAGCUUGCAAGCUAACAUAGAAAGCAUUUUUUUAUUGUUUUCUUCUAUGAUGAUCGCUAGCUUGACGUGGUAGAGAGGUUUGUGUGGUCCUGGGAACCUCAGAGCUAAGCUGUCUGGAACUUUCAUAAGAGAUCCUGGUAGAGUCACUCAUGACAGACAGGUCAAAGAGGAGGAUCUAGACAAAGUGCAUUCCAGAUAAGUCUUUAUCAGACCCCACUGAGCUGAGUUCAGUUAAUUAAAUCUUAUGUUUGUGAGUUCAGACCAUGAUCAACAUGGUGGUGGUAGUAUGACACAUUGAGUUAAAGGGAGAACUCUGAGAGUUCUGCCUGUAGCAGGAAGGAGAUGAGGUGGCGGUGGGGAUUGAGAGCACUUCAUCAUGAGAACGCCAGGUGAAGAUGUGAAUUUAUAGUUUUUCAGAUUGGGUCAGAUUGGGAAUGAGGGGUUUCAUCCAUGUUCCUCCCCCCAAACAUCAGUUAUAACAUUACUACAUUUUACACUGCAAGAGUAAUCUAUGGGUAACAGAUAUACCGCUUGUGAAAAUGUGAAUAAUAAAUGUGUGUCUGUGAUUCUGUUUAUCAUGAAAUAAAGGAAAGAGCUUCUCUGCUUUCGUCCAUGUGUUCUGUGCUGUGCUUAGCUCUGGAAUCAUGUUAUUGGAUUGUAGGCAGUUAUGAGCAGUUCAUUAAUUACAGUGGUGGACAGUAACUGAGUAAAUGUAAUUGGUUUCUGUACUUAAGUAUUUUUUCGUGUAUCUGUA